AUGCAAUCACAGUCUGUCUUUAUUAGUAAUAUUCCUGACAACUCUGAACAAACUCAAAAUAAUCUUCGAUUUAUUCUUAACACUUACGCACCUGGUUAUAUACCAAAUUCACUGAAAUUUAAAUUCUCUAAAAGGUCAAACCACUUUAUUGCGUUUGUUGAUUUUGACUCACAUGAAAAUGCUGUUGCAUUGACAAAACAAACUCUUGCUAUUCAAACCCAAAAUGAAGUUCCUUAUAAUUUCUCAUUGGUGAAGUACAAACAGUCUAUAUCUUAUGGAGCUUAUGAAAAUAACGUUUUAUAUGCUAGAAACAUAACAGUUGAUGAAAAACAAGCCAUCAACUCUUUUCAUACACUUUUUCACCCAACAAAAAUUCAAAACAAACUAAAGACUAUUUAA